UGUUGUUGGAUACACGCAUGCGCGUUUGUGGCAACAUCCCUGCUACUGAAGUUGAGAUGUUGGUCUUGUUUGUCAUAAUGCGCUGUUGUUUGUGAAUGUAAAAUGGCCUACUUUUCUUACACCUACACCUCUCGGUUGUCGACGGACUCGCAAUGAAGUUAACACGACAACAAGUUCUCGCCAAGGCUAAGGCCUCUGAUUUAGAAAGCGUGAAGAAACUGAACUGCUGGGGAUGCAACCUAACAGAUAUUUCAAUCUUCUCUCAGAUACCCAACAUUAAGGUCCUGACACUGAGUGCCAACAGCAUCUCAUCUCUGGCUCCUCUGGCCCAAUGUCUGUCUCUGUGUGAGCUUUAUCUGUGGAGGAACAUGAUUCCAUCCCUCUCUGAGCUCUCACAUCUGCAGCCGUUGACACAUCUGAAAGUGCUCUGGUUGGCUGAAAAUCCCUGUUGCGGAACCGAGUCCAACAAGUAUCGGAUGACAGUGCUGCGCACCCUGCCUCAUCUCCACAGGUUGGACAACCAGGUGGUGACGAAUGAAGAAGUUAACCUUGCCGUGACAGAGGGUGAUGUAGUCACCACACCUCCGGGCACUAACCAAACGCAGUUGCCUACGAAUGGACUCUCAGAAGCAGAGGCGGGAAACGACCCAGGCAACUAUAACAUGGAAGAAACAAAUAAAAUUAGAGAAGAGUUAGGAAUGAAGCCGCUGUCGAGAGACAAGUUCCCUUCCCUUUCCUCUCCAUCGACAAAGGAAAGUAAAUCACUAAGAAAGACUCACACCCUUGAUGCUGUGUUGCUGCUGCUUGGGGACAUGGACAGAGAGGAGCUUCACGUCGUCCUUACGGCCACACAGAACAGGCUCCAGGCUUUCACACUGCACCCAGAGACUCUCAAAGACUCAUUGCUAACGCACAAAACUGUGGAUGCCCAACACUGAAACGACUUACCCGAUUUACUUGGUCCAUCGCUGGAGACGCCCACGUAUGCCAUGGCCUCUGUUCACAACACAUCUUUAAACGCAAUAUUAUUGUGCUGAAAUAGACAAUAUCUCUAACUAAAAUCCAGAAUGACAAUAAUUUGUCCCUCUUGUUUUGGUUACCUUUAUCCUCCCGUUGAUGGAACAGGUACAGUAAUCCUCGACACUGCAGCAGAGCCCACGAAUGUGUAUUAUUUACGAAAAAGGAAAGUAUAUUUCUUUAAAUAAACGAUAAAACACUGCACUCUCA